AUGGCGGCCCAUCCCGCCAUUUCGUCAGUGUUAUUUGCUCUCGGGCAAAAAGUUAGAACAUCCAACGUUGGCGGGGUCAUAUCCAAGGCGGACUUGCUUGACGUGAUCGUUGUAUUUUGCGAUUCGGAGGCAUCGGCUUCGAAUGCGGUUCAACGUACUCGUGAGGUGGUGCAACGUAGAGUGAAUCGUUGGUUGAAGACGAACUCUCCGGAAAGAGCCGGCUAUCUACACAUUGUCGACGGUCUCCGGGCACCGCUCUCUGUGGAGUAUUUUGGUCCUGAUGUUGUGGUGGAGGUGCUCCGGCAUUUCGGAGCCGUUAUCACAGAUGAGUCUCGAGGUGACUUUGUGCACAGGAUGCAAGGGAGUGACAGUGCCACAGGAGAGGACAUGGCAAUUCAUCUUGAUCCUCACCCGGCUCCUGCUUGCCCAAAUGCACCCAUCAGUCGCAUGGGUUCCAUGGAAUCCGAAGGGGCUGCUCGGACUGGCCGUGAUGAUGAUGAUGCUGAGAGUGGUGCUGCCGCUGCUGCUGCUGCCUCUUCUGGCACAGAUGCAGUUGCGAUGUUUGACCCUGAAUUUCAUCCUGUGCCUGCUGGUCCUGCCGUUGCAGCUGCAGAGGGAGAAGCGGCCGAAGAUAAUGUCAUGUUGCAUGAGAAGAAUUGCACCCAAUUUCGAGAAGACAGCUUGGCCAAAGAUGGGAGAGCCAAAGGACAGCGACAGCAGCAUGAAAGCAACACCUUGCCAGACUACCUUCGGGCUAAGCAGAAGUUGGCGAUCACGCGGACAGGCGCGGGUGAAGAUGCUCCAGGUAGAUACCUCACGGUCCCUAGUACGGUGGCCCUGGCUUUGAGACGGAACUUGAGCAACGUGUCCUGUGCUGACCUGGGGUUGGUAAUUCUGGACGACGCUAGCAGGUGGAGUGUGUCUAGGUCAGAGGUAAGGGCUGGGGCAGCUGCCACGGCUUCAAUGCGUGAGUGGCAUGCAGGGAUGCUCCAGGAGAUGUUUCAUCCAGAUGGUGCAGAGGAUUUCAAUCUGUCUUUGCACAUCGUGUCCCAAGAUGCAACGAAUUCUGGAAUCUGGCAAAAGCGCAAGUUGAUUGCUCUUUUGUGUCAUUCUGCCUAUUUGGUGUCGUUGCCGUCCAAAUUCAGAUGGUCCUGGCAUGACAUGUUUCGCGAAAUUCGGGCCAUUGCAGAUGUGCAACCAGUGGAAGAUGGAAGCGGCCAAGGCUCUGUUUCGAUGACGACAAAAAUGCUAAAGAGCAUAAACUGCCCGACAGUGCAUGACUUGGUUGCCAAGCAUGCAGAGCUUAAAGCCGAUGGUCAACAGCGUCAACAGCAUCAACCCUCAGAUGAGAAGCCCGCAGACGCAGAUGCGAAGUUCCUUUGCGUAGAGUGGCGGGCUGACGACUCUGUCCAGUGGCCUGUCCAUGUCUAUGUCUUUGUGACAGACAGAGGACCAAAUGAAGUUCUUGCGCGCAAGAUAUGGCAGUGUGUCAGCUCUGCAUGUGAGCACGUGGUGGUGCUAGGAAGUGAUUGCCUGGAGCAUGCAGCUCAUUUGGUCACAGUCAGCUCACUUAAGCUCGUUGACAAGCUCUUGCCAUUGCAAUUCGAAGGGAAAGGUCGUGCAUGGAAGUACUUUUCAUCGCUUGCGACUUUCUCCAUCACCGUGCGGGAUUCAUCCAAAGACUUUUUCCAGAUGUGGUGUCAAGAACACGGAGAUUUGUCCGGUGUCAAGCACGCCAAAAGUCUUUGGCCGAAGUGCGUGGCAGGACGUUGGAAUUCCUGCAGCGACGUUGAGCGUCGAAUGCACGAUUCUGGUGGGCAGGCUACGGUUUUACCGGUGAUGCGACGACUCAUGGGAGCCAAGCGCGAGGCGGCGCCAGCUAAAGAACACCAGAGCAUCGACGAGAUUGCUGUAGAGGAGACUGCUCAUUACACCCAACAGAUGGGCAGGUGGCGUGCCACCACCCUCAAAUGCGUGGAGGACCCGUUGUGGUGGACAGUAGCUGAAGCUAUGAGGAUGGCACGUUCGCCUGCACUGCACCUCUCGGUUCCUCGCGGCUUGCAGUCUGCAGCAUGCAUUGUGACAUUGUGUGGCUUAUAA